ACUAUCUCAUUAUAAUGAGAUCAUUUAUUUAUAUUUUUUUAACAGAGUGGCGGAAACGGGCUUCCAUAGAAUUCCAGUCACUUCCUGAAUUACUUUGCUAAAAUAAAUGAACUAUUUAGUGUUAUUCCAGUUUAUUCUGGAUGACGUGUCAGAAAUAAGUUGUAAACAGUUUCAGGUUUUUUCAUUAACAUGUCUGCGGGCUGUGCAGUGGCGCAGUUGGCAGCACUGUUGCCCCGGGCUCUUUCUGCUUGGCGUUUGCUCGGCUUCCUCCCAGACACAUGACUUCUCUAAAUUCUCAGGAGUGUCCUGUCUGUCUCUGUGUUGCCCUGCGAUGGACUGGUGACCGGGCACCGGCACCCUUCCCGAGGGUAGGGUUAGGGUGGGUGUAAGAAAUGGAUGGAUAUCUGCCUGUUAAUAUUUUAUUGCUCUGUAUCCAUUGGUAACUGUUUGUAACUUCCUGCUGGAUUAAUCCGAGAAUCCCGAACUGAGGAAUCAGAAACAUCUCGCGAUUCUUCUCGUCCUCUGGCGAAGAUGGAGUUUUGAGGGCUUUUUGUUUGUUUCAGCUUAAAAUCGUUCAUUUGUCUCAACAAACGAUCUUUUUCAUGUGACGCAAAGUUGACGUAUCGUGUGUUGCGUUCACGGAAGUCGGAAGUUGUUCCUCCGUUCGGAAACCAGCUGAGUUGGAGCAGUUUUCGGUGGUUCGGGCGGUUCUGGUGGCGACAGAACUUAAACAUUAAUAAAUUGAACUGAAUGCGGAAGUGAGGUUCUGUCUUCUUCUGAGCUUAAAGUUUCUGAAUGCGGCAGAGCUAGCUGCCGCCCCCUGGAGGCUGGAAGGGGGAAGUGCUCAGGUGUCGCUCCAGGUCCAGUCGGUUCUGAAGGCUGCUUUCUUCUGACGCCACGUUAAAAAUUUCACCUGUUUUCAAAGUGGAUUAAUUAUAUUUAAAGAAGCGCUGAAACGUUUCGCCAGAAGGCCAGACUUUAUUCCACUGUAAUGAUUUAGGAAUUGAAAUUGACACUGGUACCGAGUUCUGGUACCGAGUUCUGUCGGUUUUCUUGGUUUGCGAUUUCAAAGUUUUUGUAUUUUUUUAUUAAUUUUCUGCUCAGUUUAUCUGGUUGAAUUGCAGCUUACUAUUGUGAAGUGUGUGUUGUCAAAGUGUUUUUGGAAUCUGUAAUGAAGAUUUUUUUUAAAAACACGUUCGGCGUGCCGUUACCAUGACAACCAUCCAACUAACGACGGCAGUCGCAGGGACGAAGCUCAGAUGAACUCAAGUAUGAUUGCAUCACCGCGGCUGGGCGUCUUCAGAGAGUCGAUGCUGCGGGACCCGCUGCUGAUCAAGGCUCCGCUGGGGAGGGCCCGGUCCAGGGGCCUCACCAUCCCGGGUCCAGAUUUCACCUAUGGAGCCAGCACCAUGAUGAGAGACGGAAGCGUGGCUGAAGCUCUGUCCAGCUGGCAGCUGCAGACCGAAGCUGAAGAGGCCGUGAUGAAGGUUCAGUGUCCGGACUUCGUGGUUCUGAACCGGGACGCGGUCCGGUCCGGUUUGGUGACGGCCAAGGAGCUGAGGCAGUACCGGCUCCAGAUGGGGGACCUUCAGAUCCAGGCCGCGGAGCAGCAGCAGCGGUGCAGAACCUCACGGCGGCCCCAUCUGGUACCGGACAUCACGUUCGGGAUCCGCAACAGGCCGUCCUCUCCGCUGGCCGACGUCCUGGCUCACCACUACGGCCACCGCUGGCUGGAGGAGCAGCUGAGCCGGAGCCGACCCGGCAACCUGACGGCUAAACCGGGUCGAGCUGCAGAGACCAGAACCAGCCUGCUGAGGAGCGCCAGAACCGAGACUGUCGAAAAGAAAGCCUUCACCCUGCCUCAGUUCUCACAGAUUCCGGCGGCGCUGGACACUUUCCGGGACUCGGCGGACCGGAAGCGGGCCGCCAGCGCUCAGCAGCAGAACCGGUGAUCCAGAGAGGACGGCCGGAUCGGAGCCAGAACCGGGCCGGUUCUGAUAAAAAUAAAGCAGCAAUGUUUGCUCCA